AAUGUGGAAGCGGGAAUGAUUCACUCCUGGCAAAGCGAGGCUGGUUCGACUAGUACCUCGCUGCCUCAGUGUAUCAUUGCAUGCAUUGAUAGCUGUUAUUUCCCGUUUUAUAUGGCAUUAUUCUUCCAAAGACAAAGUUAUAAGAUAUUUCCAGGUCUUACUAUAGUUACAGCCAAGCUUACCCCAUACCUUACGGUAACCCGUAAAGCCCUAGUAAUCCUACUUUUCAAGCGAUCAAACUACGCUUUCGCAAGUGUUCACCGAAUUAUGGCUACUCCCGGCUGUAUCUUACGUUGGGAUUUGACUGCCAAUGACAUCAGGAAUCAAGUCGGUGACGUGAUUGAGACGUCCAAGAAGACAUAUGAUGCUAUCGGUGCUUUGAAGCAGGAGGAAAUCAACUAUGAUAGCGUCAUUCAGGCCCUAACUGAUGACAAUGCUGAAUACACCGUCCGCCGUAACAUGCUUGACUUCUGUCAGCAUGUCUCCCCUGACAAGGUGACCAGAGAAGCAAGUGUCGAGGUGGAUAAGAAGCUUUCUGAAUUUGAUGUUGAGAUGAGCAUGCGAAAGGAUGUGUUCGAUGCGCUUCUUUCCUUUGAGAAGACGAAACCUGAACUGAAACCCGAGGCAAAGAGGUUCCUUGAGAAACUAAUCAAACUUGGAAAACGAAAUGGUCUCCAUCUCUCCAAGGAAACCCAGGACCAGAUUAAAGACAUCAAGAAAUGCAUGAGCGACCUUGGCAUCGACUUCAGCAAAAACUUGAAUGAGGAAAAUACAAUAUUGGAAUUUGACUCUGAUGAGCUGGCUGGUGUGCCCGAGGAGUUUGUGAAAGCCCUCGACAAGACUGAGGGUGGUAAACACAAGGUCUCCCUUAAGUACCCUCACUAUUUCCCCAUCAUGAAGAAAUGUAGCAAUGGAAAUACCCGCCGCAUCAUUGAAAGAGCAUUCAACCGCAGAUGUAUUGAAGAAAACACUAAAAUAUUGGAAGAACUUGUUGAACUCAGGGAGAAGAAAGCCAAGUUGCUUGGCUUUCCAACCCAUGCCGCCUUCAUCCUCGACAUGCGUAUGGCCAAGAAACCGGAGAGAGUUGCCACAUUCUUGUCGGAACUUGCUGUGAAGCUGCAGCCACUCAAAGAGCAAGAAAUCAAACAAUUCCUCAGUUAUAAAGAAGAAGAGAUCAGGGCUCAAGGCGGUGAUUUCGACGGCAAACUGAAUAUGUGGGACAUGAGAUACUACAUGACCAUGGCCGAGGAGAAGAUGUACUCGGUCGACCAUAACAAACUGAAGGAAUACUUCCCCCUAGAGACCGUCACCAAGGGCCUACUUGAAAUCUACCAAACGUUGCUGGGACUCAAGUUUGAGGAGAUUGAGAAACCUCAUGUUUGGCAUGAAGACGUCAAGAUGUACAAAGUACACGAUGCAGCCUCCAAUGAUCUGAUGGGAUAUUUUUAUUUGGAUUUAUUCCCAAGAGAAGGCAAAUAUGGCCAUGCUGCCUGUUUCGGUCUCCAGCCUGGUUGUCUGCUGAAUAGUAGCAAGAGGCAGAUAGCAGUAGCAGCUAUGGUAGCCAACUUCAGCAAACCCACCGAGGAUAAGCCGGCACUUCUCAUGCACGACGAGGUGGAGACUUACUUCCAUGAGUUCGGCCAUGUCAUGCAUCAGAUCUGUGCCCAAGCUGACUUCUGCCUCUUUAGCGGCACCAGUGUUGAACGUGACUUUGUUGAGGCACCGUCUCAGAUGCUGGAGAACUGGUGUUGGGAGAAGGAACCUCUUAAUCAGAUGUCUGGCCACUACAAGGAUGGGAGUAGCAUCCCUGAUGAGAUGCUGGAGAAGCUCAUGAAAGCCAGGAUCGCCAACGCUGGUCUCUUUAACCUCAGACAGAUUCUGUUAGGAACAUUUGAUCAAACCAUCCACACUUUGCCCAAGGCUGACACCGCACAGAUUUUCUCCAACCUAUCAACGGAGAUUCUUGGUAUUUCUGCCACACCAGACACCAACAUGUCUGCUUCCUUUGGUCAUCUUGCUGGAGGAUAUGACGCACAAUACUAUGGAUAUUUAUGGAGUGAGGUGUUCUGUAUGGACAUGUUUGCGUCGAGGUUUAAAAAGGAAGGCAUCAUGAGUGCUAAAGUUGGAGCAGAUUAUCGAAAAUACAUCCUGGGACCUGGCGGAUCAGUGGAUGCUAAUGAAAUGCUACGCAACUUCCUCGGUCGUGAUCCUCAGCAAGAAGCAUUCCUGAUCAGCAAGGGACUCAAACCAUAGUGUAUGUCACAAGAAGUUACUGCUGUUCCAUGCCAUCUAUUUCCUCGCAAAUUGUAUGUUAUUUAAUCUGUUCUGCAACUGAUGUAUGCCAGCAGCAUGUGUUGCAGUAUUUGUGUGUGAGAUCAUGACGAACACGUGUUGAGGAAACCCUUGGCUCAGUUGGUGUAUAUCAUGGUAUCUGUGCACAGUCAUCUAUCAUGUUCUUCAAGAGUAUACAGUCUUCAUAGAAUCCAUCAAAUCCCGACACAACGGAUGACAAAUGAUUACAAAUGAGUUUGGAUCUGAGCUACUCCGGUACUUCGUUAUAUUCAAGACGACAUUACUGUGAAAUUCACUGCAGUUUACAUAUCAGUCUACACUGUUCAAGUGCAUCAUGUAUCAACCUGUGCGUAGUGUAUCAUUUAUAUAUGGUUGUCCUUGGAUCUAUCUGUCUGAACUAUAUAUGCUAUGCAUGUGCUAGGUUUUGGAAGUUAAGCAGCUUUUUAGAACAACAUGUGCUGAUCAUAACCUCACUUGAUUUAAAUUACUACUCUAAUGUGUCAGGGAUAUGGAAACUUGUGAUAACUUGGGUUUGAAGGGUUAAUGCACUAUGUUAUGUGAUGUCAGUUGCUCAUGGCCUGAUUGAUUGUAACUGUGUUGCUCUGAGACUUUCUGUUAUCUCUGAGUUAUUGUUGUAUCAAAUUGAUUCAUCAAGUCUCCAGGUCUAGUGCAGUAUGUUACUGUGAAUGCCAUGCUUUGUCUACCAAUCACUCCAUCACAGGGUUCGAGGAUUAAAAUCCUGAGAUGAACUCAUGGACGAUCUUAGCUUAUAAUCAUUGUAUUAUUUUCUAUGAAAUUUAAAAAUACUACUAAUAGUUACAAUGGUAAAUAAAACGGGAAAUGUCACAUA